GGAAAGUUGUUGUUGGUUUGUAUUGUGGUUGAAAAGAAAAGAUAAAGAGAAGAAUAAAGUGCGAAAUUUGGAAGAUGCAAGGGAUUCUUUAAAAGAACAGUUCAAAAUAAAAAGAUUUACGUCUGCACUGAGACUGGGAAUUGUAUUAUUACAAAAUUAAAAAGGAACAAGUGCCAAUACUGUCGUUUUAAAAAAUGUCUUAACGAGGGUAUGGUCUUAGCGGCUGUUAGAGAAGAUAGAAUGCCUGGAGGUAGGAAUAGUGGCGCCCUCUAUGCGAAUUGCGAUUCAAAAUAUAAGAAAUUAAGGAAAAAGAUAAAAAAACAACCGAAACAGACAUUGAAUCUAAAUGAAGGAUCUACAAGAGAUAUUCAAGAUUGGCUAUCAAAUUUUCAUAAUAAAACUAAAACGGAAGAGAUUUGCGAAUCGGCUAAAGUUGAAUAUCUAAGUAAUGAGGAAGAUUACUUCCGUAAUACUUUAUCUUAUAUAUCUCUUAUUCAAACGAUAUCUAAUUGCGAAAAGGAUGAAUUUCUUCCGACUGGCAUCACGAGUUUGUAUUCUGGCCAAUUCGAAAAUCAAUUUGUUAAUUACCUUGUACAAUGGGCUGAAAAAAUUCCAUAUUUUAAACAACUUUCUUUAGAGGAGCAGACAAAAGCCUUAAUAGCCAAAUGGCCUCAACUCUUAAUGUUAAUAUAUUCGGAUAAUAAUUACUAUUUGCCUAGGAAUCAUAUUCAAAUUAUUGACGAACUUCGCGACUAUUUCAUUAAUACCGGUAUUAGUCGUAUAGAAAUAGGCCUACUAAAGGCAUUUUUGUUGCUUUCUUCUAAUAAAAUUUACGGCGAAGAAGUAAUAAAGACGUUGAAAUAUCAUAUAUAUUCAACAAAUGGAUUAGACAAUUACGAAGAGAGAGUUGAUAAGUUUUUGAAUUUAUUAAAAUUUAUAGAAAUGGCGGCCGAAGAAUUGGCAAAGAAUAAUUUACUCUUUUCACCCUUGUUACCUCUUGUUUAA